AUGAUUCUUUUUUGUCUCUUUGACGUAGGUGCUGCUGCCAUUACGUCUCUGCCAUCUCUGCUGCGUGCUUCUUUGGUCUAUGUCUGGUCUCUGCUGGUAGCGUUCGUACUUUGGUUUGUCUAUGGUGCUGGUGCUGGUGCUACUGCUACUGCUACUGCUACUGCUAAUAUGGUCUUUUCUGGUCUACUUUGUUUGAUGCAUGCUCUUUCUCUGGUGUCGCUCGUUCUUUGGUUUACCUAUGGUGCUGGUGUUGCUACUACUGUUGCUGUUAUGGUCUUUCCCUGUCUAUUGUGUUUGGUGCAUGCUCGUUCGCUGGUCUAUAUUCGGUGA